GAGUGGCCAACGUGCAGAGGAAAUAUAGCCCUGAUGUCUACAGUCACUGGGAGAAAUGAAGGCUCUGGGAACAAGAGAGACUCCAUCCACAGUGCCCUGAGGUCAGUACCACUAGGGCUCACCGUGGGUCCAUCUCUGGCUGAAGAUGAACAGCUGGGUCUGUGGUGUGUUGGGCGAGUGCUAAAGAAGGACACUCUGCUUGGUCUGGAGGAGCCUGGAGAAACAAUCAGCAAAGAAAAAGAGGAGGGGUUGCAAAACGCAAGCCAGAGUGUGUACAAAAGAGAAAUCUCUGAUGAAGUGUGCUGGAUGCAGUUUGCCUGCAGUGCUCAGAGUGCAGAAGAGAGCAAUGUCAGUGUACUUAAAGUGGAUGGAAGACUAGGCCUUAAGGUCUGUAGGGAUAUUCAGCCAGGAACAGAACUGCUCCUUUGGGAAAGUCAUCCAGAAGCUGUGACUGAAGAAGAAACGCCUCAAGUAGAAACAUGUGAAAACAGAGAACAAGAUGAAGCUCUGGAGGCCAACACUUCAGAUCACUUCUCAGGCUCUCCAUAUCUUCUUCAAAGAGUCACACAACAGGAUACAAAAUCUCCAGUUACAGUAAAAGGUCUUGUGCAGGACAAUACAAUCUGUAAUUCCAAUGUCCUUGAGCAGAAUGGGAUGGAAGAAAGUGAAGCAGAACAUAGUGAUGAACUUCCUGCAACAGAAGAGAUUGAGAGCAUCAAUGUGAGUGCAUCACAGGCCCAGACUUCAUCACAAUGUCUCACACCAGAAAGAAGCCUGAGAACCAGCUCUCGCCUCGCCUCUAAACCCCGAAAAGUGCACUCAUCAGCCAAACGCAUCUACAAACGACACGACCCAAAGAACAAGCCAGAUCUAAGCAGCAAGAAAAAGCUCUUGAAUAGCAAAGACGACUUAAUGCAGCCGUUGACAGUUAAAGAAGAAUCCAGCACAAAGCAAAACGGGCAGGAUUUCCCUCCCUUCAAUAUCCGAGAGAGGAAGUACAAAUGCGAGGAGUGUGAUAAAAGCUUCUUUCAACUGUGCCAUCUGAAGAAACACAAAUACACUCAUCAAAAUCAGAAGCCAUACACGUGCACAGAGUGUGGCAAGUCCUACAGCUCACAUGAGAGCUUCCAAGCCCACCUGCUAAUGCAUCGUGGCCAGAGGCCCUUUAAGUGCGAGCAAUGUGACAAAAGCUAUGGCUUGAAACGGGACCUCAAGGAGCACCAGGUUCUCCACUCAGGAGAGAAACCGUUUGUCUGUGACAUCUGUGGAAAAGCAUUCGCUCGUCGGCCCUCGCUACGAGUCCACCGAGAGAUCCAUCGGACAAAAGAGCCAGACUACCAGGCUUUAAAGGUCAAGUGUCCAGAGUGCGACAAAGAGCUGGCCAAUUCGGGUUCUUUGAGGAACCACAUGCGUCUGCACACCGGAGAGCGACCGCACAUCUGCCCGCACUGUAAUAAGUGUUUUCGCCAACGUGGGAAUCUGCAAGGACACAUGCGCAUCCACACAGGAGAAAAACCUUACAGGUGUGACCACUGCGACCUGAGAUUUUCUCAAGUACCCGAACUGCGUCGGCAUCUGAUUUCACACACGGGUGAGGUGUAUCUCUGUCCUGUCUGUGGUAAAGCUUUACGGGACCCUCACACGCUUCGCGCUCAUGAACGGCUCCAUACGGGAGACAGACCUUACAAAUGUGAGCAAUGCGGGAAAGGGUACACGAUGGCAACCAAGCUACGACGCCACCUAAAGUCCCACCUGGAGGAGAAGCAACACGUUUGCCAGGUGUGCGGAGCAAAAUACUCAAUGAUGCAGAGUCUACAGCGGCAUCUGCAGCUGCACCAGCCAGACUCUGGACAUGCACUGCCAACAAGAGGCAGACCCAAAAGGUUAGGCCAGAAAGAAGAAGAAGAACCUGGUAGGACUGAGAGCAGCGGUUUGGAGGCAGGACAGGCUGUGGCAUGCGCUCAAGCCUCAGACCACCUCACUAUGGUGACCCACACAGAAGGGAUCAUUUUGGACUCUGGAACAUACCAACAUGGCACGAUUGUUUUGGGAAAGGGAGCGGAGAAGGAGCUCGAUCGGAUUGAGCUCAGUGAGGACAUUAUUGAGAUUUUUAUUUCUGAUGAAAACACCAAUAUAGUAGUCCAAGAACAGACUUCUAAAGGUUUAAGCCUUCAAGAACAGGAAGUUAAUGCUGAAUGCACAGUGGAGGCCAGUAGUGACUGUAUUGUACUCCCAGAGCAAGAUGCUAAUAGUUGUUUGGUCAUAAUCCAAGGGCAGGAUGGGCUAAGUUCAGUGGCAGAGACGGUAGAAAUUGAGACAGUGGUAUGAUGGUAGGAUUUUCCAUUUAAAAUAUGAUCUAUUCACAUUAUG